AUGGCGUCGAGUAUCGCACUGCCUGCCCAAUUCAGCCGCAGAGCAUCUGGCGACGAGUCGUCAUCGCUGCUACCGCUAUGGAUCAUCCUCGGGGUGGGCGUAGCGUUGGCGAUCGGCUGGUUUGCGCUCUCGUCGUGUCUCGGCGAUCACGCCCGCGAGGCGCUCGCUGAUCGCAUCCGGGGCCUCUUCUCGCGCAAUCGCAGCGGUGGUUCGGCCUCGUUCGGAGGCGGAAUGGGCGCUUCCGGCGGCAGUCGCAGCGCCUAUGGCAGAAUGCGCGACGACGAGGCCGAGGCGUUCGACAUCAACGCCGCCGAGCACGACCUCUACGACGACCUCGACGCCCCGCACCAACCAUACGACCACCACUCGGCUUAUCCUCCCACUUCAAGCGGCAGCCUCGGCACGUCCAAAUACAAUGACAUCGAGGACGACGGAUACGAUCGCCGGCCAUAG